UUGUAGGUGAUGAUGGCGGAAGGGGAGCGACGCUGAGUUCCAUCCGAGUUUUUACCCCAGCUGUAAAAACCACCCACAACCACCGUUUCUCUCCGUCGAGACCUAUCCCGUGGCAAUGGGGAACGAGGCCAGUAUGGAGGGGGAGGGACAGGCGGGACAGCCCGGCGCCGCCGUCCCUACAGCGGGGGCUCCGACUUCCAUUUCAGCACCACCGGACUCUGGACAGCUCAUCAAGCCCAGCAAUGGAGCGCCAGCCGGAGGAAGUGGGGCUGCGUCCGGCCCGGGGAUUAACAGACCAUCUCCAUCCGACCCUGGGCCUAAAGCAGGAAUGCAGAGCGUCCAUGGGCCAGGCGACAGGUUGGCCUCCCACGAUGCCAGUCAACAUGCUGCGCCUCAAGCAGAGCAGGGCCAGGGACAUGUGGCCAGGAAGAAUCUGCAGGUUGACCUGGGUGGCAGCAGAACUGGAAGGUCCCCCUCUGUGUCCCCAGAUCGUGGGAGCGUCCCCACCUCCCCUUAUUCUGUGCCUCAAAUUGCUCCGAUGCCCAGCAGUAAACUGUGUCCUGUCUGCAAAACCACCGACCUGACGGGCACUGGGGACGACAAACCCAACUUCAACAACUGCACACAGUGCCACUCCAUGGUGUGCAACCAGUGUGGCUUCAACCCCAACCCUCACCUCACAGAGCAAUGGCCCGGUCCUGAAAAGCCACAGCUGAAAGGAGUGAGCAGUGUGAAAAAGCUGUGUGGCAGCAGGAGGAGACGGAAAAGGAGAGAAAACCAUCAUCAUAAAUUAACCAUAAUAGCUGCAGUGUUUAGAACACGGCAGAGCAACUCUACAUCGAUUCAGCACCUGGGAAAAAUAGAAAAUACAAAAUGUGCAAUCAAAUAA